AUGGCAAUAACGUUAAUUUCAACACCGCCUGCAGUAAUUACACGUGAACAGGCACGACAAAUGCAACAAAAUCCUCAAGAAAAUGGUAUAAUAGGACCAAUUGCUCGUCAUACGCAACAUAAUGUCCGCGCACUGUUUACUCCACCUGCUGCUGAUGCAAUGUUAGGUAAAGGAACUUUAUGGGUAACUGAAAGUAAACUGUAUUUUUAUUCUUGGGAUACAAAUAAUGGACUAGCGAUUGAUUAUCCUACUAUAAUAAUACAUGGUAUAUCAAGACAACCAGCAUCGGAUGGUACAG